AAAGUUGCGCGGGCUUGGACGCGUUGGAGUCGCGUCUCUUAUCGUUAUCGCAAUUCAGGAACGAACAACUGCUGUUCGAGACUUCGGCAUCAACAGAACAUACAGAACACAUUGUUCAGCGACAGAGGCAAUGGCGCCCAGUACGACCAGAUCAAAAGCAAAGGCGAAGGGGCCAGCACCCAAGACUGGGGCCGGCGCAACAUCCGCAACCACACAGAAGAAGCCAGUACAACCCGAUUCUAAGAACCCGCCCAAACUCUUCGUCCUUCCCAAGGACGUCAGCUCCGAAGCUCGAAUUGCUACAUUAGCCCAUCCUAGAACUUCCGAUCCCACACGAUACUUCAUCUGCCCGGAAAAGGGUUUCUUUGAGUUCACAAAAAUCGCCGCCCCGAAGUCCCAACCUCGAAGUUGGCUGCUCGCCCCUAACGAGGAGGAAUGCGCAGCGGAAGAUUCUCAAACUACUAGUAAUGGAAAAAAGGAGGCCACCGUGAAAGAUGAAGGAAACGAAUAUACACCUUCAGAAGGCUAUAUCACCUCCUCGGCCGACCUCUUCCUCGCCACGCCCAUAGACCCGCUGUUCCUCCUCCUCCCUGCUCUCGCCGGCAAGUCUUCCAAGCCCAAAGAAGAACCUAAGCGCCUCUUCCUCGAAGCAGACGACUAUCUCGACAUCCUCUCCUCCGCGUCACCCCACCUCAAGUCACUUCUUAGCCAAGACUCUUUGCGCAGCAAGUUCACGGAUCGCCUAGAUGCCGUUUGCGACACAGUUGAUGCCGGCGAGACCAUGUACCGCCUCUCUGAGCCUAAGCUCAUCGCCAUUUUAGCUGAGAAAUGUACGACAGUAGUCGAAAAGGGGCUCCCGGCAAGCAUGGAGGACUUGCUAGUUAGCAAAGCCCUGGCCGUCCCUCUCCUCUCCGUAACGCGCGGAGAGGAUUGCCCUGACGAGGAACCUGAAGUUGCCGACGCAGAGAGUAGCGCUACUCCCAAGACCGAGAGCGCCGAGUCGCAAACACCAAGCUCAGCUACAGAUAGCUCUGCAACCCCAGUUUCGGAAGCAUCCACCGCCCUAACGACGCCUUCACCAGAUGCCAAACCACCAAUCGUUGCCCCUGAAGGCGUGCCGCACCUCCUUCGCCUCCGCACCGCCUUCCAGUACCUCUGCUCUUCCUACAUACCGGCCUCACUCAGCGCUUCUUUGGCUACCAAACUCAACACCCCCUUCCCCGACCAAGCAGCGUCUUUCCCCGAUUUCACCCCCCUAGACACCCACCUUGCGCACCUCGCAAAGCUACGCGCCGACGCCAUAGCAUCGCGGUCUAUGAACGACUUCUCAAGGAAGAGAGGCUUUGAGGACGAGGAAGCGGGUGAGACUAGGGCGGAGAAGAAGCGGAAGAAGGAGGAGGAAGAGAAGCUGGCGAAGAAGAAUGAGAGUAGGGGUGUGAGAGAUUUGAAGAAGGUGAAUGUGAGCGGGAUGAAGAAGAUGAGUGAUUUCUUCAAGAAGAAGACGUGAGGGGCGUGGAUACCCUUGGGUCAUGAGUGCUGUGUAUGAGUAUUUGAAAUAUGGGCGCUUAUGUGGAGUUUGCGUGGGGGCUUUUCAGGCGUUUGGGCGGUUGCAUGAACAUUAUUAGCAUUGUUGAACGUUCCUGGUGUGGAAUACAGAUAAAUGUCAGAAUCAGCAUUAUAGUUUCCCGAUUUAGAACGAGAUAUAUAGUGAACCACGUCCUAGACCCAAUAACAAGUAUUUAUAAUUUGCUACUGGAG